CUUCAUGUGAAGGUGACCAACUUCCCGUGGUCAAAGCCUUGAUGGGCAACGUUGCAAAACCACGCAUGCCCUGAGGCAAAAUAGUUGUAGUGAGGCUCUUGCCUUCAAUUAUCAUGCGACAAAAACGCAUUUGGGACGCCAGUCUUUACAUUCCAGCGGGCCUCUUCUUUCGGUUGCCAUGCGUUUGGUGCAAGUGCACGCCAGCAGAUUACUGUUGCUCAGCAUGUUGCGAGUGUUGCGAGUGUUGCGACUUGCGGAAGUCCGUGCUUAUUGCCGCGAGCUGGCAGUUCCUGAUCGGGGGCUUCCUGGGCGCCACGUACGCCAUCCUAACCACCGUGGUGCUACAGUACGACCUGGCGGAGGAGGGCGAUCACCCAGUGGACCUCGUCCUGCUCAUCUACCUUCUGGCCUACUGGUGGCUGUACUUCCUGUCGGGCGUGGCCGGGUGCUGCGUCACCUGCGACCGCCAGGGCAUUCUCACCUAUGAGCAGCGGGUGAUUGUGAUGUGCCGGGCCUACCUGGGGCUGUCCAUCGUGGACGCGCUGGGGCACCUCAACCCCAUUGUGUUCGACCGGAACGUAUUCCAGAGCGGCCUCAGCAGGGCAAACAUUGUGCUCACUCUGGUGCCGUUCCUGUGGGACGCCUACAUUUCCUACCUGGCCUGGAGCCUGCUAAAGAAGCUGAAGGAACAGCGCCAGGGCUUGUUCCGCGGCAAGCCGGUGAUGCGGCACCAGCGCAAGCCCGACCACAUCGUGGAGCUGCACACCGCACACCACCUGGAGCUGCAGCCGCCGCAGGGGCAGGUCAUCCUGCCGCUGGCGCAGCUGCGCCUGCGGGGAUUGGGCCCGCCGCCACACGGCGAGGCCGGCGCCGGCGGCGCCAGCGCCAGCUUCUUGGCGGGUUGGCUCAACCAGCAGGGCUAUAGGACAGCACCUGCGGACAGCACUCUGCGCAAGGGGCUGCACACGCCGGCAUCUGCGGUGGCAGCCGCCGCAGCUGGUGGCGGCGGCGGUGGCGCCGCCGCCGCGGACUUGGCUGACGGCACUGACUUCGGCGACGGCGCCAGCAGCGUGUGGAACAUGCGCGACAGCAGCGCAGGCGAUGACGACAUGACGGCAGGCGCCGCGAUGGCCGUGGACUUGGGCUUCAGUGACGGUCGGGCCGGCAGCUUCUUGUCACUGGACGGCACCGUACAAGGGCCGGGCUCAGUGGUGCUCGACGACAGCGGGGGUGCCAGGGUCGGUGGCAGGGACCGGGACUGGGAUAAGGAGCGUGACAGUGGCGGCGACGGUGCUCGCUCGCGCAGUGUGCUUGGCAGCGGCGGCGGGACCGGGCCGGAGGACGGCACGAGCGGGCCUGCACCUGUACCGGCGGUGGUGGCCGCGGCGCCGUCCACCAUUACGGAUGGCGCGACAGCGCUGACGGCAAUUGAGGAGGAGGACCCGGGGCUGGCCGCCCUCGGCUCGCCUCAGCGCCCGCCCUCGCCCACCCGACGCAGCUCCGCCUAUCCAGUGGCCUCCGCUUCGGCGCAGCACCCAGGCAGCCAGCACUACUCCCAACACCACGCCCGCCACCUGUCUGCGGUUGGCGUCCCGCCCGACGCGGCCUCGCCGUCGCACCCGUGGGACAGCGAGCAGAUUGCAGGAGCGAGCACGUACGGCGCAGCUCUGGCGCCAGCAACCGGCGCACCGCCGCCGUCGGCUCCGGUCUCGGCGCAUGCCACACAGGAGCUUGACCGGCGCUCGCUCGCCCGCUCCGUCGCCUCCUCCACCACCGCCAUCGCGGCCGUAGCAACAGCGACCGCCAGCGUGGCGGCGGCCGCCGCCGCCAACGUCGCUGCUUGGUUUAACCGAUCCGUGGCCGUCGCUGGAGGUGGCGGCACUAAGCCGGCCGCUGCGGGCGCACAGCGAGGGACUGUGGGUCGCUCACAACACGCGCGCGACGUUAGCCCGGGGGCGCAGGGACGGGCUGAGGAGGGCAGUCCCACGCCCAUCUUCAUCACCGGCGCCUGCCCGAGCCAGGACGCCGGCGGCGCCGUGUUUGAGCUCCGCAUGUACUCGAGCGCCGCGCUGCCGGGCCGUUGCGCAGCAAAUGCUGCCGCCGCCAUGGCGGGUGCGGCGGCUGGCGGCGGCGGCCCCUCGGCGGCCCACGACCGCCUCAUGCAUCCCGUGGGCCAUGUCCGGCACGCGGCGCUGCACCAUCCCCACCACCAUCACGGCGCCGCAGCCGGCGGCGGCGGCGGCGGCGGCGGCGGCGGAGCCACCACACCGGCGGGCAUGCGGCAAGGCCCAAGCCUGGGCACGCACGCGCGGUCGGACGCUUCUCAGCAGCUUCUACCCAUGUUGGAUCCAGUCGUACUGCCCAUACCCGCCGCCGCCAUGUACGGCAGCGCGCUCUUUGGCAGGACGGGGGCGCCGCCGCCGGCACAAGCGGACGGUGACGGCAACCCAAACUAUCCAGCUAGGGGCGUCACCGGCCGUGCAGCCAGCGUCAGCGUCACUGCGUUCCGGCCGUCUGCCGCCUCGCAGAACGGGUUCAGUGGCGGUGACGGCAGCGCCGCCGCGAUCGCGGCAGGCCUGCCGACGCUGCAGCGCGCGCCGUCGCUGCAGCUACCGCCGCCGCCGGGCGCGGGUCCGAAGUCGUCCUCGGCGGCGACACCAACCCUUCGCCUGGCGCCAUCGCUGAGCCGCCGGGCGGCAUUCAUGAAGCAGAUGUCCAUCCAGCGGGCGCGCACCGUACCUCGAGGGGGCGCCACCGCCGCCGCCCUUGAGCUGGCGAUCGCACACGCCACGACUGGUGCCGGCGCCGGCGCCCCGGAUCACAGCACUGCGGAGCCGGCCGCAGGCUCGGCCGUGGCAUCACACGGGCACGGGAACCCCCGCAGCCACGCCCACGCGCAUCGGGCGAUCGGGGCGCCCGGCGCGGGCACGCCCAUGGUCUCGCCUUUCGCGCGCCAGGCCAGCGCCGCCCAGCGCGGCGGGGCUGCCGGUGCUGGGGACCCCGCAAGGCCGAACAACGCACACGAGCCUCGAGCGCACAGCAUGCCAUACCCCUUCGUCACACGCACAGGACAGCAACACCAGCCCCCUGCGCAGCAGCAGCAACAGCAGCAGCAGCAGCAGAUGCGGCAGCAGCAAGUGGACGUUGGCCCGGUCACGUCGCCGACACCAGGAGUGUCACGGGCGGGCCGUACCACAUCGCCCCAUGCCCCUUGGCCCUCCGGCGCCGCGCUGAGCGCCGCAGGGGCUGCCGCCGCAAACUCAAACGUCUCUCCUGCUGGCGCCGAUGCCAGGAGCUCACUGCCCGUGUCAUCCCUAGCAGGGGAACCCCACCAUCCGGUACCCUUUCCCGAUAGUGGUGGCGACGGCAUGGCCGCUGCCUGGCGGUCGCACACGCCCGCCGCCACCGCAGACCCGUACCUUGCCCUGCAACCAGCAGCCAUCCGCACCUCCGGCGCCACCAGCGCCCACGGCUCCCAGCCUGGCGCCGCGGGACAGCAGCAGGCGGAUGCAGGAGGGGGCGGUGGGGCCAGCGGCGCGGGUUUGCGGGGCGUACAUGCACGGCGAGCUGAUGAGGAGCAGUCGGCCUUGGGCGCAGCAGAGCAACACCAGCAGCAACAUGAAUUCCAGUUCCAGUUCUGGCAGCAGCAGGUGCCGCCGGUGCACUCCCACCAGGCGCACGGGCGGGCCGCCGCCGCCGCGGCGGCGCUGCAGAUGCACCUGCCGGCCAUGCGGGGCCGUGGCGGCGGCGGUGGCGGUGGCGGUGCAGCCGCAGGCCUGGGCGCAGGCCCGGGUGGCGUUGCUGGACGCUGGGCGCGGAACGCGGAUGCCUCGGCAGCUGCCGCCAUCGCCACGGCCACGGCGCCAACGCGGGCGGCUUCCCCAGGGCGUCCUAGCGUGGUCACGUCCCUGCGGACGGGCUCCGUGAGCACACCGAAGGGUCAGCGCGCAAACCGCCUGCGUUUCUUUUACUCCGCCUUUGGCGCCGGCGGCGCGGCUGACGAUGGUGCUGGUGAGGUCGGGGGAGAGGUGGCAGCGCAGUCGCGGCCGCACCCUCGCGCCUACGGCACGUAUGACACCACGGCGCCUGUGUCACGUGCUGUGAGCAACGCUAGCAGCGCCAUCGGCAGCGUCAACAACGCGGGCAUUGCAGCGACGUGGGCGGCCGCGGCGGCCGCGGCAGUCUCCAGUCUGGCGCACAGCUGGGGCGCGCUGCAACAGCAGCAACAGCAGCAACAGCAGGCGCCGCAGGACUCGCUGCAUUCGCAGCAGCCGGGCACGCCGCGGACCGGCACCUCCACGCCUGUGGCGCGGGCUAACCUGCCCUUCGUCGGUGCUGGUGGUGGUGGGGCUGGCAGCGGAGGUGGAGGCGGCAUAACGGUUUCCAGCGCGCCUGACGUGGCGCCUCUCGGCGGUGAGGCAGAGCUGCCUGUCUCGACGGACGCGGCGCGGAUUGAGGGCGUUUACAACCCCGUCUUUGCAUGGGGCCCGGCGGCAGGUCAAGGCGCAGCUGGUGCUGGUGUCCGAUACCACAACCAGAUGUACAACAGCAGCGCUUCGGGCGCGCCGCCAGCUGCGGCUGCCGCAGCGGCUGGGCUCCCGCAGGCGCCACAGGCGGCUGGCGUCAUGUACCGGCAGACGGGCACGGGCGCGCCGACCCGCUUCGCGGCACGGCCGCCUCAGCAGCAACACGGCCAGCGUGAGCAGCAGGCGCUGCGGCUCCAGCAGCAGAUCCAGCAGCAGGGCCAGCAGCCGCACGUGACUGCGGGAGCUGCAGGUGUGGGCGGAGGGGCGGGCGGCAGCGGACGCGCGGCUAGCGGCGAGGCGGGCAGCGGGGUCACCGCGGCUGACCGUGCCGUGGCGUUCGCAUCCAUGCUGUCUCCCUUGCAGCUGCCGGCGCUGGCGGCGGCGGCGCGCGGCGGCGCACAGAGCCUGUAUGAGGGCGUGUGGAACUACACGUCACGUGCGGCCGGCGGCGCCGGGGCCGCAGCGGUGGCGCAGCCCACGCCAGGUGCUGAGUCGGGCGGGCAUGUGGGUGCGGCUUCGGCACGUGUACGCAGGGUGCACAGCUACAACCACAGACGGCCUGAUGCUCCCGGGGUGGCAGUGGGGGCGGCCGCAGCUGGUGCUGGUGUUGGGGGUGAGGGCGGCCGCGGGCGAGCUGGAGCUGAGGCUGCGGCGGGCGGGCGACCACUGUAUACAGAAAUCUUGGAAGAUGAGGAUGUGCAGUAGGUUUCGUUCGGGAACGCAGUCGUGAAGAGGCAGACAUUGACAGCUGUGUUGCUGUAAGGACCACUGCCC